AUGGCUGCCCCCGCCCCCGCCCAGAAGACCUUCACCAUUGGCACCCGCAAGUCCAAAUUGGCUCUGCUACAAACCGAUUUGGUCCUGGCCGCCUUGAAGAGCGCAUUCCCGCAAUAUGAAUAUCAAAUAUUCUCCAAGGAAACUGCCGGCGAUCUGAACACUACCAUUGCCCUGCGGGAUUUUACCACCAAGAAUUUGUGGACUGAGGAGUUGGAGGAGCUGAUGAUCGGCGGUCAGGUCGAUCUCAUUGUGCACUCACUGAAAGAUGUCCCCACUACCCUCCCCUCAUCCUGCAAGUUGGGUCCGAGCAUGCCCCGCGAAGACAGCAGGGAUGUUCUCGUCGUGAAACAAGGCUUUUCCUACAAGAGCCUGUCCGAGAUCCCCGCCGGCUCCGUAGUUGGCACUUCUUCCAUCCGCCGCACGGCCCAAUUGGCCCGGAAAUACCCCCACCUGAAGGUCCAGGAUGUCCGUGGAAACAUUGGUACCCGUCUGUCCAAGCUAGACGCCGAAGAUAGUCCUUACACCUGCAUCAUUCUUGCCGCCGCCGGCCUGCUUCGCUUGGACCUGGCUGAUCGUAUUACACAAUACCUUGACUCCAAGAGUAGCGGUAUGCUCUAUGCCGUGGGCCAGGGAGCCCUCGGCAUUGAAAUCCGAAAGGAAGAUACCGUGCUGCAGGAGAUGCUCAACACUAUCGGCGACCAAGAUACCACUCUCUCCGUUCUGGCCGAGCGGAGUCUUCUGCGUACUCUGGAGGGUGGCUGCAGUGCCCCUCUGGGAGUCGAGACCGAAUGGGUCCAGAGCUCUGAGGGCAAGAAGCUCCGCAUGCGCUCUGUCGUUGUAAGUGUUGAUGGCAAGGAGUGUGCUCAGGUUGAGCUGGAUGCCGCUGUCGACUCCGUUGAGACCGCGGAGGCCUUCGGUGUCACGGUGGCCGAUGCCCUUGUGGCUGAUGGUGCCGGUGCCAUCCUCGAGGCUAUCCAGCAGAACAAAGCUAAGGAGAGCACUACUGCUUGA